AAAAUUACACUCAGCACCAGCAUAAAUGAAAAAUUUAUAAAGGAGGAUAAAUAAUCAACUGAAAAUGGAUCAACCUGACGAUCACUUUCGUUACAUAUAUAGUUCCGAUUUGGAUGAGCGUGUGCAGAUAAAAGUUGGUACUCUUGAGGGCAAAAAACGCCAGCCUGAUUACGAAAAGCUGCUCGAUGACCCCAUACUUCGCUUUUCCGGCCUAUACUCGGAGGAAUACCCUGCAUUUCAGCUCUUAUAAGGCGUUUGGCAAGCGAUGGAGCUGGAACGAGUGGGUGACAUUGCCUUUGCUCUUCUCCGACUUGCCACGAACUGCCGUGCUGGUGCUCACCAUUCUGGACUGCUCGGGGGCUGGUCAAACAACUAUCAUUGGAGGCACAGCAAUUUCAUUGUUUGGCAAGGAUGGCAUGUUCCGCCAGGGAAUGUAUGAUUUGCGGGUCUGGCUUGGUGUUGAAGGAGAUGGAAGUUUUCCCACCAAAACACCGGGCAAGGGAAAGGAAUCAUCCAAGUCGCAAAUGCAACGCUUGGGAAAAUUAGCCAAGAAACAUCGCAAUGGACAGGUCCAAAAAGUGGACUGGCUAGAUCGUCUCACAUUCCGCGAAAUCGAAGUGAUAAACGAGCGGGAAAAACGCAUGUCCGACUACAUGUUCCUUAUGAUUGAAUUCCCCACCGUCACGCUGGAUGAUGUGCAUAAUUACUCGGUGGUCUACUUCGAACCAGAAAGCUGUAAAUCCGACAGGCUUGUGCCAAAACCAAGACUCGUCUCUGUUCCAGAUUCAGAGAUUUUAGUGGAAAACCUCGUGGAACGCAAACAUCAUUGCUUGGCGCGUUCGGAACGGUCACGCAUUUCCGAUCGAGAUGCCAAGCCGACUGCUAGCAUACGCGAUCAAUUACACACAAUUGUUUAUAGAUAUCCACCCACCUGUACGCUGAGCAGCGAAGAGCAAGACUUAAUUUGGAAAUUCCGUUUUUACUUAUCUACACACAAGAAGGCGCUAACAAAGUUCCUAAAGUGCAUUAACUGGAAGUUAAAGGAUGAGGUAAUGCAAGCACUCUGGAUGCUUUCCAACUGGGCCCCUAUGGAUGUGGAGGAUGCGCUUGAACUCUUGAGUCCAGCAUUUACACACCCGGAGGUGCGCAAGUACGCUAUCAGUCGCUUGGCCCAAGCGCCUGACGAGGACCUGCUUCUCUAUUUACUUCAACUAGUGCAGGCCUUGAAAUAUGAGAAUCUCCACGAGAUUGCUCAAUUAUACAAGUGCAUUUUUCCCGAUCGUGAUGUUUCAAUGCUUGACGAGACCGGAUCAAUGUUGGAGCGAAGUUCCAUUUCGGAUUUGAGUGGCACGACCAGUGGCCUGCAUGCCUCUGUUAUACCAGCUAAUCAGCGAGCAGCAAGUAUGUUGGCGGCCAUCAAAGGCGAGAAGUCAAGCACGGGACCUUUUAAGGCUAGCAUUUCAGUUUCCCGAGCCGAUCAGGGUGAUGGUAAUGGAGCAACAUCUGUUGCAGAUGGGAAUCCAUCAAUGGGAUCAGCCGGUUCGGAUAACUCCAAUACACUUAUGCUUGCUGAUGGUGUUAGUGCCUCGCCCAUAACCCUCUGCACAUUCCUGAUACAGCGCGCAUGCAGAAACGCCACUUUAGCCAACUAUUUCUACUGGUACUUGUCUAUUGAGGUGGAAAAUGUGGAAUCGGUCCGGAAACAGGAUGAGCGAGCCCAUGAUAUGUAUGAUAUGGUAUUAAAAAUGCUGCUAAAAGCGCUCGAGAAUGGAAACUUUCAACAACGUGGUAUUUAUCACAAUCUAAAGAAACAGAAAGUUUUCAUCGAGGAACUCGUGAAGCUAGUAAAGCAAGUAGCCAAGGAAACAGGAAAUCGCAACAAAAAAACCGAAAAGUUUCAAAAUCUUUUAGCCGAACAGAAUAUGUUUAAAGUGAAUUUUACGAGUUUUGGGCCAAUACCAUUCCCGCUAGAUCCAGAAAUUUGGAUAACCAAAAUAGUGCCAACGCGCACUACACUUUUUAAAAGCGCCCUUAUGCCGGCUAAGCUUACCUUUGUUACGUCGAUUGCCCAAUAUGAAUAUGUAGCUAUUUUCAAGCAUGGUGAUGAUCUGCGUCAGGACCAGCUUAUAUUACAAAUGAUCACCCUCAUGGACAAGUUGCUUCGUCGGGAGAACCUUGACUUAAAAUUGACCCCAUACAAGGUGCUGGCCACUAGCUCCAAACACGGCUUACUUCAGUAUGUAGAGUCUUGCACCGUGGCCGAAGUAUUGGCUCGGGAGGGCAACAUACAUAACUUCUUUAGACGUCACAAUCCUUGUGAAAAUGGACCUUAUGGAAUAUCAGCCGAAGUUAUGGACACAUAUAUAAAAAGCUGUGCCGGAUAUUGUGUUAUUACCUAUUUACUGGGCGUUGGAGAUCGCCAUUUGGAUAAUUUACUGCUGACUACCAAUGGCAAGCUAUUCCACAUUGAUUUCGGAUAUAUUUUGGGUCGCGAUCCCAAACCGUUGCCGCCUCCCAUGAAACUAAGCAAGGAAAUGGUCGAGGCCAUGGGAGGCGUCAGCUCUGAGCAUCAUCAUGAGUUCCGCAAGCAAUGUUACACAGCAUUUUUGCAUCUGCGGCGACAUGCCAAUGUCAUGCUUAAUCUUUUCUCAUUGAUGGUGGAUGCAACCGUUCCGGAUAUUGCGCUUGAGCCCGACAAAGCUGUGAAGAAAGUCGAGGAAAAUUUGCAAUUGGGUCUGACCGACGAGGAGGCAGUGCAGCAUCUACAGAGCCUGCUGGACAUAUCUAUAACAGCAGUAAUGCCAGCGCUUGUGGAGCAUAUACAUAAAUUGGCUCAAUACUGGCGGAAGUAGAUGAUCUUUUAUUUUACUUAGCACUAAGAUAUUUUAGCCCAUAUCCAUAGGAUAAAUGUAAAUUAACUCUUUGUAUAAACACACAAUUAAAUACUUUUUAAAAUUAUGUUAAAUCCAAA